UGGAUUUAACGUUCACGCGUGGAGACUGUACCCUAAAUAAUGCAUUAGAAAGCUUAAAACAGCUCUUGGAAUAAGAAAAAACAUGAAUAAAUAACUUUGUCCAUUGCAAGUCUUGAAUUCUUCCACGAAGUAGCAGCAGCGCGUCAUAAACGGUCUCCGGAAGUGGGCGGGCACAGGCGGCGCGUGGGUCCAAACAUGUCCAGCUUUUGAACGUUUUAGCCUCUUGUCUUUUUUUUUACGGGAUGGCGCUUGUUCCUUACGUCGAGAAUUCUUUACCGAUCCUUUCUAAAUUCCACAAUGCAUCUGCGCAGUUUCGAUUUUGUAACCGCGACAUAAACAUUGUCCAAGACUGGAAGAAGCUCGGAGUGGCUGCAGUUGUAUGGGAUGCUGCUAUUGUGAUGUGCAUGUAUCUAGAACUUGGACGUGUGGAGCUGAAAGGGAAAACUGCCAUAGAGCUGGGAGCUGGGACCGGUUUGGUGGGAAUUGUAGCAGCAUUAUUAGGUGCCAAAGUGACCAUCACAGACAGACUCCCCGCCUUGGACUCCCUUUCCACCAAUGUCAAAUCCAACCUACCUCCAGACAUUUCAGAGCUCGCCACCGUUUCUGAACUUUCCUGGGGUGAAAAUCUGGACCGCUACCCUGCCGGAGGAUUCGACCUGGUUUUAGGAGCUGACAUCGUGUACCUCGAAAAUACUUUUGUCCCUUUGCUGAAGACUAUGGAGCACUUGUGUUCCGAUACUACUACGGUUCUGCUUUCCUGCAAAAUCCGCUACGAACGAGACACUGCGUUUCUGGAUAUGCUGAAGCAACGUUUUCGCGUGGAAGAGGUUUACUAUGACGAAGAGAGAGACAUUCGUAUUUUCAAAGCAUCAAAAUUGCCUCAGAAAGACGAUUUGUGAUUUUUUUUUUUUUUG